AUCUUCUCUGAGUCCAAAUGGAGAAGUAGGAACGAGGCAGCCAGAUGAGUUUAUAAUUGAUUACAGUCACUUUCUCUCGGUUCUUCUUCAUCUCGCUCUACUUGCACACAAAGCCCUUUUUUCUUCUUCUUGGAACUAGAUCAGGAUCACCGUCAGUAUACCAACAUGAAAGGCCUCCUCUUCCUGUUGUGCUGCAUAGAAAUCCUGGGUGUGCUUUUGUGUGGAGCUGAUGAUCUUCAAGCAUCGCCUACUCCUGAUCCGAUAAAUUCUUCUGAUCCGGCUAUUUCAUUGAGUCAAAACAACGUUUUAGACCCAUCCACUGCUGUUCUACCCACUACUUCUGUCAGCACAUCUACACUCGACAAGUUGAUAAGCAGUCAGUCAGCUGAAACAAUCUCCCGCGACUCCAAAAGUCCUCCCAGCACUCCCCAACCAGGCCCCAAGCACAACACAUUUAUCGAUACGUUUUUCAAGGGCGAAUGCCUUUCACUGUUAAUGGUGACCAGCGGACUGUUCGUAGGCUGUACUCUUCUGCUGCUUGCAACUUUGUUGUUGGCGUGUAAGGUGUGCCGGCUGAGCAGACGGAUCAAGGUGCUGAGCAGCGACAGCGACAUAAUUAGCAGCUCCGAAAACGGGAUGGGAACGGCCAAGAAGGACAAAAGCAAACCAGAGGAAGAGCCCAGAGAGACCACCGUGUUAAUGGCUGACGUCAAUCAAACGCAGGAGGAGGUGGGUAAUGGCGCUGCCAAGGAAGGGGGAGAGAAAGUAAACGCGGAUGAACAAACGGAAGAGGAGGAGAAGAGGAUGGAGGAGGAGGGUGACGCUGCCAAGACGGAGGAAGCUUCAGCUGCACCUGUAGCAGCCGCUGAAAACUCAUCCCCCCCGAAGCAGCAAGAGGAGGCCACUGAUUCCCAGCCCGACGACGCUGCGGCAGCCUCCGCCUCUGAGGGCACAGAGGAAGCAAAGGAUGUGGUGUAGUAUUUGUGUGUAAAGGCAAAGAGUUUCCUGAGCAGCUGUCCUCACUUCGCUAUUGCUUUACGACCUGUUAACUGUACAUAAAGGAUACUUUUAUUUUGUGGCUUUUCCCCUCUUUUUUAUAAAUCUGUCAAACUGAGCACUGAGCAUUUCUUGUUUGAAAGCAAUAGGCCCAUAUUGUGUUUUCUCUGGUACUUGUGUGUGUUUUGAAUAUUAGAAUAUUUUAAUAUCAUCAUACAUUUUCAGUGCGAGUCAAUUUGUGACUCACUUGCUUUACUUUUUUGUGAUGUACGUACAUUUAUGACCUAUGACCAGGGGAAUAAAACAGAGAUUGGUAACUUCUUUGUCU